GGCCAGAGAGCCUAGGAGGCGUGGCUCGGAGAAAACAUAUAAGCGCACCGGACGCUAACACGGUGCAAGCUGCGGAGUCUCCAUCUGGAAGAGCCGCUGCUGCCGAGAGGAGGAGAACGCCGAGGCCGGCGGGACCAACAGAUUCGCUGACCGCCACAUUCGCUGACGGCCACAUUCGCUGACCGCCUCCGACUCCAGCUUGCGCUGCCUCCUGCUCGCGCCGCGCCACUAAGGUGGUCCCCCUUUCUACCAGCCCUCCCCAAGAUAAGCUGGGUCACUCCGGCCUCCGAGAGCCCAGAGCCGAGAUGGAAACGGUCCAGGAGCUGAUCCCCCUGGCCAAGGAGCUGAUGGCCCAGAAGCGCAAGGGGAAGCUGGUGAAGCUGUACGUGCUGGGCAGCGUGCUGGCCCUCCUCGGCGUGGUGCUCGGCCUGAUGGAGACUGUGUGCAGCCCCUUCACUGCUGCCAGCCGUCUGCGGGACGAGGAGGCAGCCGUGGCGGAGCUGCAGGCCGCCCGAGAGCGACAGGCUCUCCAGAAGCAAGCCCUGCAGGACAAAGGCAAGCAGCACGACACCAUCCUCUGCGGCAGGGCCCUCUCCAACCGGCAGCACGCCUCCUAGAAAUGGUGGGAGACCAGUACAGUGGGAGGGAGAGGCGGCAGACAGAGCGAGCAAAACGGAUUGAGAGAGGCAGGGAGAGACGGAGAGGGCGCGCGCACGGGAGCCUGACUCUGCUGGGAGACUGCAGGUGCACGUGCUGUUUGUUAUCUGGAUUUACUUCAGAGAAGCCACUGACAUCUAGAACUGACCUACCACAAGCAUCCACCAAAAGGAAUUUGGGAUUGAGUUUUGCUGCUGUGCAGCACUGCAUUGUCAUGACGUGUUCAGUACUGUGUAUCUUUGAGUUAUCUAAACACGUCUACCAUUUUGCACUAGGGAGGAAGGAUAAAUGCUUUUGGAUAAAUGCUUUUUAUAUUAUUAUUAUUAUUAUUACAAUGACCACCAUUUUGCAUUUUGAAAUAAAAAAAAUUUUUAUACCA